GCGACCCACCCGAGAUGCCGGUGCGGAGCGCCUGCCGGUGCCCUCCGGGAGGAGGAGGAGGAGGAGGAGCCGCCUCAGGGACCGCCGCCGCUGCCGCCGCCUCCUCCUCCUCAGGGACCUCGGCCCGCCUGGAGCCGCCGCCGCCCAUCAACACGGCCCAGCCGGGCGUCACCACCAGCCGCCUCUACAGUGGCGCCAAGUUCCGCGGGCAGCAGCGCUCCAAGGGCAACGCCUACGAGGUGGAGGUGGUCGUCCAGCAUGUUGACAUGGAGAACUCUUAUCUCUGUGGAUACUUGAAGAUUAAAGGCCUUACAGAGGAAUACCCAACCCUUACAACUUUCUUUGAAGGGGAAAUAAUCAGUAAAAAGCACCCAUUUUUAACCCGCAAGUGGGAUGCAGAUGAAGACGUGGAUCGUAAACACUGGGGGAAAUUCCCAGCCUUUUACCAGUAUGCAAAAACAUUUAACUCGGAUGACUUUGAUUAUGAGGAUCUGAAGAACGAUGACUUCGUCUUCAUGAGGUGGAAGGAGCAGUUCCUGGUCCCUGAUCACACCAUUAAAGACAUCAGCGGUGCUUCCUUUGCUGGGUUUUAUUACAUAUGCUUCCAGAAAUCUGCAGCAUCUAUAGAGGGCUAUUACUAUCACAGAAGCUCAGAAUGGUAUCAGUCCCUGAAUCUGACUCACGUCCCAGAGUACAGCGCACCCAUUUACGAGUUCCGGUGACGACGACACCAGGAGCAGCACCAAGAGACGGCCUGUGGGGCCAGAGGGGGAGAGAGAGAGAGAGAGCACGGGCGCAUGUGAGAGAGAGAAAGCGAGAGAGAGCAUGCCCUGAGACAACUGUGCUGUCCCUGUCGGGGCAGGAGACUCCAGGCUCUCCUCCUGCCUGGCAGCUGGACUGGUGUGAGAGCAUGAAUGUGAAACCCAGGGGGUUGCUGGAGCCCGACCCUUCCUCCAGCUGCGUGGCAAAGUCACUACUCAGACCUGGUUCUAAAGCUCCUGUUCGAUGCACUUUCUUGUACUUGCACAGCUCAUCUCUCCAUCACAGUCCUCUCCUCCGGCGCCGCCUUUUGGAGGGAAGAAGUGGCCCCGGGCCUACCUGGAUUCCCUUCCGUGAGAAGAGAACCCCAGUUGCCAUCCACUUCCAUCCUUCUACCUUUUGCUUUAGUUAUGGGUUCUGUUUAACAGCUGUCAUCCUGAGAGGUCCUUUCCUUUCAGGCCCGAUCAUCACUCGCAGGUGGUUGUUCUCUUGUGUACGUGUUGCGGGUAGUUGCGGCGUCCAUUUAAGGAAGCCUUUGGCCCCAAGGAGGAGAGGCGGCCAGAGGGUCUGCUCCCGUCGGCUGACAAAGCUGCCUCUCUCGGGCGCGCGCACUAGACGUGUCAGCAGUUCUCUCAAGAGCACCAAAGGGGAGCUAGCUUAAAACAGUCUGGAGGAGUGGGAAAUACAGUAACAAUGAUGCAGAUGUUGUGACCUUAAAGGUGUGUGUCUGUGUGUGGAAACCCACAACCUUUAAAGGACUUUUUUUUUGGUGGCGUGUGUGUGGGGGGGGAAGGGUUAUUUGGUGGCCCAUUUUUCCCGUCCACUAUCCACAGGGUUGUAUGUAUAGCACUUGCACAAAGGUUGCUUCAUAAUAUAUUUUGCUGGGGCUGCUGGUUCUCCCUGCCCCAGGGUGAAGCCACUGAAAGUCAGUGUUGAGUGAUGGUGGUGUUCUACUCUGUGUAACAACCUAGCAGUGCUGACACCCGAAUAAGCACUUGUCUGUAGUGUGCAAAUUGCGCUUCUCCUGACACACGCUCCACUUCAUCCUAAAGAGAAUAUUUGGCAUGGGCAAUGCAUUUUACCUGAGAAAAUAGCCUCCAUAAAAAUUAAUAAUAAUAAACUGUUCUCCCAGGACGUAAACAUCUUCAGUAACUUCAGCCUUAUGGGCCAGACAUUCGUUGGGCCUUGUGUGCGCGCAUGUGUUGCUCAUAAGUUGCUUUUCUGUUUUAACAUGGCACUUAAACACUGGGUGGGGUGGGGGUUAGAACCUACUUGCAUUCCACUUUGGCUGGUCCAAGGCACAGUAGCCUCUCCUCCACCCUUUGAUUUUGUAGGGGAGAAGGUUGCUUCGCCUGUGACUGUGUAGUUCCUGCAUCCAAAAAUGACCCGCCCUUUGCAAAGGCUUCGGUCCACCCCUGAGAGUACCUGGAAUUUACCAGGUAGUCUGGAAUGGGUUGGACAAAGGAGGUUGCAUAGAGGAAAUGGAUAUUCUCCCGAGAGAGUGGCCAAAGGGAACAUUGCUACGGCGAUGCCACCACGUUGUGAGUUCAGUCUUGUUUCAUUUGGCGUUGCUCUCAUUUUUAGUGGCUUGGAUUUCAGCAAGCAGGAUUGGUCAUUGGGGUCACGGAGCGUGCGCGCCUCCUCUACACCCAUGGCUGUGGCAUCUUGGUGGAGUGCAUUAGAGUUAAGUACAGGUUAUGGUACUAGGAAGGGAUUUAACUUUGCAUUGGCUUGAGAAAAAGUUUCUAGCCCUCUGUGAUCAGCUUAAAGGUUCUGAUGCACCAAGGAGGCAGAAAGCUGGCCGAAUCCAGUUACCGUGCUUGCCCAAGUUGGGCGUGGAGACGCCAUGGCACUGUGCUACUCCAUUGCCUCUCCCCCUGGCCAAAGCCAGAAUUCAUUGUGCCAGGAGAAAUAAACGCUCUGUCCCGCUGGUUUAAUUGGUAGUUAAUGCGGAUUGCAGAAUUCUGCCUUUCUUGGUGCAGAUAUGUACUGAUCUCCAUGCAUAGGGCACAGCUCUGUCCUGCAUUUUCCAGAACAAAGCCUCUCCCUAAUUACCAUUAGUUUCUUAUAUACCCUCUUAACUGAGGCUUGCUGUUUUCUUUCUAACCACGUGCUGUCUCUUGCAGUGGCUAAAUUGCUGAUGGAAGCCUUAACAGGAGAGUGGGGUGGGGGGAGGAUUUCAAGUGGCACGUGUGUCUUUAGAGUCAAGUGUUUUUAUUAACCCCAGAUAUCUCUGCAGGGCACCGCCUUCCUUCCUCUUCCUCUGUCCUCCCCCCUCCAUAAUAACGUGAAUCCGUUUUGAGUCUCCUGCUGUCGAGGAGAGGGCAAGAUGUCAGGGCAGGGUAUCACUGCCCACGAAGGCUUGGGUGGUGUGAAAAAGGGCAGAUGCAGCUGUGUUUUGCUUGGCCUUGAUGAAUAGUGGGAGGUCAAGAAGGUGCUUUUGCUGGGGGGGGGGAAUUCCUGAGAAGGAAAAGGACUUGGCAGCUUUAGAUUUGAUUUGUUGAAACAAGCCCUGCGUUGCUCAGCAUCUCAUUCAGGUGAAACAGACUGAAACAAGAAUCGAGGGGGGUGCUGGGUUUAUGGCCCUCCACUGCAUUUUCCUCAACCACCAUGCUGAUUCAUAAGAUCACAGUUCAUGCACGGUGUAAGGGAGGUUCCAGAAUAUUGGGGGAUUACCAUUCCAGAGGAUAUCUCAUAUUCAACCGCAGCGCCUUCCCAUCUACUGCUUUCUUAUCAAGCUGCUUCUGAACAAGUCGGGCGCCCCAUGCAUUGAGAUAGAUGUGAGAACUGUGCCUUUGCUUGUUUUCAUUUAAAGAGACACAACUUGAGAAAAGGGUUCCUUUCUUCAGAUUGAGUUUAAAAGGGACUCAUCACAGGAAGGAGUAAAUGAUUCCCUGGAGGUCGCAGCAGAACCCCAAGGCUUGCCUUGUUGGUUAAAGAUAGAUAUAUGGGGGGAAGGGGGGGAGUGAAAAGCAGUCAAACAUUCUCUGACGGCAGCUCUGGUAUAACGUCCGAGAAGUAGCAUACAUGCUUUGGCCCUUUCAGUGUGUGUGAAUGUGUUACACUAGAAAUGUGGGGAUCGUGUUGCAGCGCUUCCAUCCGCCCACUUUAUUUCAAUAUGCAGAACCAACCACAGUCCAUGUAGUGACACAUGCACCACUGAAUUCAACUGGUGGAGAUUCCCAGUUGCAUCUGCCCAGGAAGACUUUCGACUUUGGGGCGGUGUGUGUGUUGGUUGGUUGGUUUUCCUGAGCGCCCCUUGGAGGUGUGUGAGAAAACUCUUCAAGCUGAAAGUAGUUCCAAAGGCUGUUUUUAGAAAAGGGCAUGGCUCUGAGGGAAUAAAUUAAAAAUCUGGGUGCUGGGGCAGCCUCACAUGUGUUUGAAAUCACUUUUUCAGCUCUCAUCAGCGGGCAGACUGAACAGUAUUUUCAAACCUAAUGAGCCUUUAGAUUUUAAAGUCUGAGAAAAGUUCUGCAACUAGUCACAAAGUCCAUCUUUCCCAAACGGCACUUCAAACUGCCAAGGAUCCCUCCAUCGUAAUCCAUGGUGCACCAAGGGGUUUCUUUUUUCUUUUUCUUUCGUAAAUUAACUUAGUGUUUCGUUGGCAGAAUCGGUCCUAUUUCUGUUUCCUGUUAUAGGGGAGUUCAGGGCACUGAAGCCUAUGAGACAGAAGGCCCUUUGGGAGCAAGAAAAAUGUGCCGCCUUUUUCUUGAGCUACUGACAGGGCCGUACUGACAGGUAUAAUUCUGAAUGGCUGAAGACCUCUUGUAAGGGCCAGCACUUGAUAAUAAUAAAGCAGGGGGCUCCUUUGCUCUCCAGAACGGAGUAGCGACUCCUGUUGUCUUACUCCUCCACCCUGCUAAGUAAACUGUCGGAUGUUAAAACAAGAGAGCCAGAGAGUGUCUUGUACUUGUAGAAGAGGUUCACAGGUUGGGUUUCUCAGAGUCACGAGCGGCUUCUGGGGCAAGAUCUUCCAAAUCUUACUGGAAAAGGUUUUAUAAAGCUAACUUGUAAAUCAGAGUAUUAAAGAGUAUUUAUAGACAAUAUAAAUUGCAGAAAAGGGGCUGAGUUUGCCAGAGUUAUCAGUGUCCACAUUAAAAGAACAUGUAUUUAAUAAG